CGGCUACCUGCGAAGCUGGUGUCUUCAUCUUACCGUCUGUUGCUAUAGAUGUUAUCGUCUCGAUAUCGCGCACGCCGAGUCUUGCCUGCAAUAAAAACAGGCGGGAACUCGUUUUACUCGCCUGUUCCAGACGUGUUGUGCGUGGCAAUAGCGUGUGGUCAAGGAACAAAUAUUGUCAUGGUUAUCUGGCUCUUCUGUGGAAGAAAAGACUAGUGAUACUCGUGGUCGUUGCCAGAAACGGGCUCACGACCCAGCCCUUUAGUCCUUUGUGCUUUGGCAGAAUGUCAGUCGUGUAAACACCCUGUUAUCGAUAAGUUUGAAUUUUCUCCCCUUUUUUUACUUCGAGUCUCCACUGUCGAAGAAGAAUCCUGGGAGAAUCCUCGCCCCGUGAUGUAGGCCCACGGAUUUUGUGCAGACUUGACCGUUCACCGGAUCAUCAACGACAGCCGCUGUAUUGUUUCUACGUGCGGAAACGAGCUGUAAAAAUGAUGGAGAACUACUGUGUGCUAGUGGUGAUUUUGUUGAGAGCCUCGACACCAUAUGCACAGCAGCCAACACCGAACUCCUCGGUUACAUUGACUCCACAGUCAGCAGUCGACACCAUCACCACAGUCUCCCUGAGUCUGCCGCCCUCAACCAGUGCUGUACUCACGGAUACCAUGACAUCAGGGACGUCUGGUGUCCAGUUCACCACCACCACCACGCUGCAGCCCGGUUUCACCACGGGGUCGGUAGCAUCCACUGCUGCUCCAAGUAGUUCAUCAACUGCAGCGCUAUCGGAGGAUGUCGACUUGAGGUGGCCGCUGCACAUCGUGGGGUUCUUUCCGAUCUCCAGGGAUAUUUUGCACAGAGGGAGCAGCGCCUUGCUGGCGGCAAACCUCGCCCUGGAACACAUCAACAACAAGGCAGAUAUUCUUCCGGGCUAUCAGCUUGCCAUGAACUGGAAUGAUAGCUUUUGUAAUGCAGGCAUUGCUACACAGGCCCUCUUUGAACAUAUCAACUCUGGCACCAAGUACCACAUGCUUCUCGGAGCCGGCUGCUCCUCUGUAGCACAGACCAUCUCCUUAGCUGCCGACCUCUGGAACAUCAUCCAGGUAUCAUAUUCCGCAUCUAGUCCUGCACUCUCUGUGCGCAGCCAGUACAAGACUUUCUUCCGAACCAAUGCUGCCGAUUCCCAGUACAACAAUGCUCGCUUGGCAAUGAUCAAGCGAUUCAACUGGACCAGAGUGGCCACCCUCCAUGAAAAUCAAGAAGUGUUUUCAACAUCAAUCAACGACUUCAGUGCUUUACUAGCUAACAACGGAAUUGAUCUGAUAACAUCCGAGAGUUUCACUGUGGACCCAGAAGAACAAGUCAAAAAUCUUAAGAGCAAGGGAGCGUGGAUCAUCUUUGGCAACUUCUACGAGAACAUGGCCAGACGUGUAUUUUGCCACGCAUACCGCGAGAAGCUCUAUGGUAAACACUACGCCUGGUUCCUUCCUGGCGGGUACCAGGAUAAAUGGUGGGAGGAGCCAGAUGAUAGCGUUUCCUGCUCUCCAGAGGAGAUGUACAAGGCAAUUAAGGGGUACAUCUCAACGGAGAACAUCCCCCUGAGUAUCUACAAGGAUAGGAUAACGGCGUCUGGUUAUACUGCGAGAGAAUACGAGGCUAUUGUGGACGAGCUCUUUGCGGCCCAUGAAAACUCCACCUCGUUCGACGCUAACAAGGCGGCGGCUUCCUAUGCGUAUGACGCCACCUGGACUAUCGCGCUCACACUGAACAAAAGCUUGAGCAACUUUACAAACGGGCUGAAGGAUUUCCACUACGAAAAUAAGAAGAUGCGGGAAGUUUUCAUGGAUACUCUGUACAACUUGCAAUUUGAAGGAGUAUCGGGAACAGUCAGCUUUACCAGAGAUGGCAAUCGAGAAGGAUUGAUUGAAGUCAGACAGAUGAAAGACGGCACCGAGAAACCGAUCGGCCGCUACUCGCCUCAGGAGGAGGAGCUUAUCCUCGAAGGUAUCGAAUGGCAAGGUGGAGAAGCCCCUAAAGACGAGACCACUGAGACAAAUAUCACCUUGUAUGUUCCGCACACCUAUGUCUAUGUGGCCGCCGGCUUCUCCAGUGUCGGAGUCACGCUGGUUCUAGUGCUUGCUCUCUUCAUGGCAGUUUACAGGCAGAGAUCGGUGUUUGGAAGGACCAUGCCUGGCUAUCUAGGAGUCAUGUUGUUCGGCUGCAUUCUCCUCUAUGGCUCUGUGGUCCUUCUUGGGUUGGAUAGCAGUCUGGUUGGAGAGGAAAACUUUACCAUCAUGUGCAAGCUGAGUUCUUCAACAUUAACCAUUGGAUUCGCCUGUGCAUACGGGGUUCUAUUCGCGAAGAUAUAUCGGGCGCACAAACUGCUGGUGACGAAGGCUAACCUGUGGAAGCCGGAUCCUCACGGUGGUCACAUGGCCCGCACCAUGCUGAUCUUCUUCGUGGUUGACAUUGCCACUCUGAUUGUAUGGAUCGUCGCUUUCCCUAUGGAGUCCACCACGGAGAUCGUGGAAAAUAGGUUGAAUGAAGACGAGAACACCUUAUACAACGACCUUGUUGAGUUCUGCAGCAAGGGCGAUGCCGUGUACUUCAUUGUAGGCCUGUUUGUGUUUCACGGCCUAGCCCUCUUGCUUGGUGCUUUCCUGGCCUAUGAGACGCGUGAAUUAAAAAUCCUCUCCCUGAAUGACACCUUCUGGACUGGCAUUGCCAUCUACUGCGUGGUGACGCUCAGCGUGGUCAGCGCACCUCUCUCCUUCAUCCUCAGUAACACUCCGCAGAUCUCCUACGCGGUCAUUGGAGCGCUGACCUGGACUGCCGUCACGCUGACCGUGCUGGUAAUUUUCGUGCCAAAGCUGGUUGCCUUGCGUAGCACACUCGGUGAGAAAACAGACCCGGACUACCGCACGGACGAUGAGAUCUACGAAGAGGAGGUCGAUGAAGAGACUAAACUACGCCACAAGAUUGACGAGGUGGAUCGAAAGAUUGAACUAGUGAAGAAAGAAAUCAACAUCCGCACCAGCUACGGUCGCCAGGGCAUCAAACGGGGCUGCGGCCUCUGGUGCUUCGGUCACUUCUUCGGUUGCAACUGUGGCCACCUGAGCAGCGAGGUGGCUGAAAUCCUGGCCUCGACCCGCGGCGAAGAGGAUGACAGUGGUGAGAUCCGGGCCCUUUCCUAUGACAACAAGGGCCUGCAGGUGUCAGACUGGCACCUGGACGAGGCCUCACCCGUUAUAACCCUGGGCGCAGCGGCAGCAACGGCUGGCGAGGCGGCAUCGCUGGGCAAUGGCGUGGCCCACUCCGCACCCCCAGAAAGUGAUAGCCGUGAUGCGUCCGACAUCACGGUGGCUGUGGAGGCCUACCACGACCCGCCCAAUUACUCCACCGCAGUGGCUGAGAAGGCCUCCAGAUCUGCGUUUACCGCCACCAAAGGCAAGGCUGGCUCCACCCCAUCAGCCGAUGAUGACAAGGACAGCGAUGCAGACGAUCGACCGGGAAAAGAGACCCAGGGCGUCUGCGAAUCGCCGAGGGCGCCACCAAUCGGCAUGAAAGGUCAAAAUGCGACCAGCGAUUGGAUACCCGGUGAGCAUGAUGGGGAGGACAUAGAAAGCACAAUGAUGUAAGGUGAUAACCUGUCGUCAUCAAUAUGAAGUGAAUGUUGAUAAGUUAUCUUAGUCUGUGUGAAGAGAUGACGGUUAGUUUGUAACACACUGUGUUAACAUGUAUUACUAUCGAAGAGGCUUGAGAAAAUAUGCAUCUUGCCAUGUAGAUGUGAUGAUAAGUGUAUUGUGUCAAAAACUCAUUGCACAUAUUUACAAUAUUGUAUUACACCUGGCACUAUUGCUUCUGUUGGUUUUAGGGUCAUAUUUGGUAUCACAGGUGUCGAUUCUCGUCAGUUUAAGAUAGUUAUAAUGACAUAUUUUGAUUUAACUUUUGCACCCAUCUGUGAAAUAAUGCUAUAUUCACACUGAAAACGGUUGAUUUACUAAUCUGCUAAAUUCUACUGAUUCAGAAAAAUAUGCUGAUCAGCCUAAAUUCUAAAUAUGUUAGAUGAUAAUAAAUUACCACCAUCAUGUCACUUGGAAAAGAUUAGAAAAUUAUCUUUAUUAUGUACAAAGAUAUAGCUAUAUAAUGUCAAAUUAUAGCACAUAUAAGAGGUAAAGGAAAUCAUAUCAUUGUUACAGAUCAUGAAUACAUGUAAUAUUCUAAAUAUGUAAAUAUUCUUAUGUAUAUCUUGAUUGAGAAAACUCUCCCAUUUACGACAGUAAGUCAAGUUUAUCGAGUAAUCUCUAAAUAUAAAUGGUCUGAUUGUAUAUUUUGAUUGUGAGAAUCAGAUUUUAAAUAAGUGUUUUACAUUUAUAUAUGGGACUCAUAAUUGGCAAACAAUUUAUAAACAUUAGGUGAAACGACCCACAUUUCAGCAGUGAGUGCAGUUUUGUUAAAAAGAACCCUAAUACAAUGUUGCUGUUUAAGGCUUACAUUUGCUACUGAGAAUAAAAUGCCAGCUUUUCCCUGAUUUAUUGCCAUGUUAGGAACAUAGCAGAGCAGAGCACUGUACUGUCAAGUAAAAUUAGCCUUUGUACGAAACUGUCUUUUUUUGUGAUUUUUCAUACACACAGACGAUUUUAAGAACUGGGACGAGAAAUGCUUAGUCUCAAAACGAAAGAUGGUUGAGAAAUGUAAGAGGAACAGUCGUCUACAUUCCAGAGCUGCGGGUAACACCACCUUGAUCUUAUCAAAGGAAUUUCCCCUUUUCACGUUCUGAACUUAAGUAGGUGCGCUUUGCAUAGGGGGCCUACAUGUACGCUUCCUUUCCAUAAAUAUAGACUGCAGCCUGUUCAACCGAAUCCUUGAACCAGACGUGAGUGGUAAUCAUUAGACAUUCCUACGUUUAUGAGGUAUGUAUGUACUUGUAGGUUGAGGAAAAUUGCUUGUUAACGGAUGCAUGUUAUACGUGUGAUUUCAUUUGACAGGUUAGAGGUGUAGAUUUCACAACAAAACGUAUUCGUACGUUAGCUUAUAAAUAAUAACACGAGAACACUAUGUUGAUAUUGUCAACUAGUUUUCUGAGCCGCGUACUUUUCCUCCACCACGUUGUUUGAGGAUACGGAGGUAUAAAUAUACGGACGGUGUAAUGGAUCUACGUGAUUAAUUUUCAUAGGCGAUUGCAUGCACGCACGCCCGCCAUACAGGAAAAAAAGGUAAAAUGUUGUGAUUAAAAUGUGAGUUGCACGAGUUUC